GUUUAAUUUAAAUUUUGUAUAUACCUUUGACUACACACAUUACACUCAUCGUUAACAUACUAAGAUUUCGGGGAAUUCGACUUCACGAACGUCACAUAAAUAUUGGUGCCGAAUGUUUUUAUCAUAUGAAGGAGCGAAUUUGACUUAAUGAUCAAAAUGGCGACUCCAAAAACAAUAUUUCUUCAGAGUUCAGAUGUGCUACUAAACGUGAAGCUUUCCGGUUACUUUUUGCGUCUGCAUAGUAAAUUUAACAUCAGCCAAGGUGGAAAGCACUGAAAUUACGCUAAUCCACAUACAAUUUUUGCAGUUCAAUAUAUGAAUAAAUUCUCGAAUUAGAUGACAAUUGGCUACAUGUUGAUUCUUUGCCAAUUAUAAUUGAUGCAGCUUUCGUAUUCACAUACAUAAAAGAGGCAGCAUUUAGCAAAGCUUAAAAUGCAGACAAUAAAAUGUGUAGUAGUUGGAGAUGGAGCAGUUGGUAAAACUUGUUUAUUAAUCUCUUAUACUACGAAUAAAUUUCCAUCGGAAUAUGUUCCGACAGUGUUUGACAAUUAUGCAGUUACUGUCAUGAUUGGUGGUGAGCCAUAUACAUUAGGAUUAUUUGAUACAGCUGGUCAGGAAGAUUAUGAUCGUCUACGUCCAUUAAGUUAUCCACAAACAGAUGUAUUUCUUGUAUGCUUCUCAGUUGUUUCACCAUCAUCAUUUGAAAAUGUUAAAGAAAAGUGGGUACCAGAAAUAACACACCAUUGUCAGAAAACACCAUUUCUAUUGGUCGGAACACAAAUCGAUUUACGGGAUGAUGGAGCCACGAUUGAAAAACUAGCAAAGAAUAAACAAAAAGCUAUUUCGGGUGAACAAGGAGAAAAGCUUGCCAAGGAAUUAAAAGCUGUAAAAUAUGUUGAAUGUAGCGCUCUUACACAGAAGGGACUUAAGAAUGUCUUCGAUGAAGCAAUAUUAGCAGCUUUAGAGCCUCCAGAACCUGUUAGAAGAAGAAGGUGUAUUAUUUUGUAGAAAAUGUACGACUUUUUUAUAAAACUAUUAGUUCUACAGUAAGAAGACUGUAAGUUUCAUACAUCAUACACACUGCAUGCGAAAGUACAGUGACAAUUAUUAAAUUCUAAGGCAUAUAAUAAUAUUUUAUAACAUUAGCGAUAUAUACAUAGAUGUCGCUUAUUUGUUACAAUAACAUAACUAAAAAAUUGUCAUUUUUUUAAGUUGUCUGCGAAGAAAGAAUUUUGAUGCGAAGAAUGAAAAUUUAAUUCAAUCAAUAAAGAACUAAUGACACUCAUCUAAUAUUCUGUUAUAAUUAGUAGACCAGACCAUUAUCAAAAUCGCAUUAAAAAAUAUUACAAAAUUUUAAUAAUUUAGAACAUUUAAACUUUGGUAAACUUUGUUUUUUGAGUUAUGUUGUUGUAUAAAAUUCGUGAUAAUGAAGCAAUCUUUAUCUAUAUUUACAUUGUAUAAAUUUUAGAAUUAUAAAUUUAUAAUUUUAAUUAUUAAAUUAUAUCUUUGUCUUGUACAAUAAUUGUUAUACCAGCAUAUUUUCACAUUAUUCUGUCUAUUUUUGUUUGCAUUGUAACGCUCAAAUGUAUAGACUGUCUUACACAGAAUGUUAAAAGAUUUAAAAGAAUUAAGAUACAUAAUAUCUGCAUAAUAUAUAUUUGAAUUGUUAAAGAAAAAAUUUUGCUCAAUAUAAACUUUCAUAAAGCGAAUUGUAUGUUUUAUACGAUUUCAUAUGAAUUGUAACACAACAUACAUAUAUGCAAAAGUGUAACAUUAUUGAUUUCUGUGAAUUUUAAAAAUAUCUUAUAUUAAAAAUAUUAUGUUUAAUAUUUUUCCAUAUAUUUAAUAAAAAUUUUUACGUUUCUUUGUAGUGCUCUAUUCUUAAUUUUCUAUAUAUUUUUGGUACAUUCCUCUGUGUACCUAACAUAUAUAUAUUCACACGAAUAAUGUGUGUGCAAAUAAUGCAAUGUCUGUCAAUACAUUUAAUUAUUUAUAAAUCAAUAAACUUUGCGUUGUAGAUCAUAAAAAUAAUUAAACGAGAAUUACGAAUGUAUGAUAUAA